UACAAAAAAAAAAGAAAUCACGAUUCCCCCAAGGAGAGCUUUUUUUUUUUUUUUUUUCAUCUCCAGAGAUCUUCAAUUUCUGUAUUUCAAAACCAAAAAAAAAAAGAGGAGGAACGUUUGAGUAAGAAAAGCUUCCUGCGCUUUCGCCAUGGAUGUAGCUUAAAAGAAACCCAUCUCUCGAUUUCUCUGAGAAAAAAAAACCCAUUUUUGAAGAGAUGGGUUCUUCAUCUCACAUUCCUUUUCAAGAUCCGCAUUUGAAUCCGUCUCCUACACUAAUCCCAAAGCUCGAACCCAUCACUGAAUCAACCCAAAACUUGGCUUUUCAACUCCCAAACUCAAACCCACAAGCCCCGAUUUCAUCAUCCAACGAACCCUCAAACUCAGAUUCCGACAACGUCGCCGAGACUUUCAGGUCCGCGUUCGCUCAACGGCUUCGACGUCACGAUGAUGUUACGGUUCUUGAUUCCUUAACCGGAGCAAUCGUACCGGUUGAGGACAAUCCUAACCCUGAGUCGGUUCCGGUUGACGCUUCACCACCGUCGGGUGUUUUUACCCGUAGGCCGAAGCCGCAGCAACGUUCGUCGGAGCUUGUGAGGAUCACUGAUGUUGGACCUGAUGGUGAGAGACAGUUUCGUGAAAAUGUGAGGAGGACGAGGAUGGUUUAUGAUUCCCUUAGGAUCUAUAUGAUGAUGGAAGAAGCUAAGCGUCUAGGGUUUGGAGGAAGGAAAGGUAGAGCUGAUAGUAAAGCUGCUUCGUUGAUGAAAGAUUGUUUCUUGUGGCUGAAUCGUGAUAAACGAAUCGUGGGUUCGAUCCCUGGUGUUCAAGUUGGUGACAUCUUCUUCUUUAGGCUUGAGUUGUGUGUUAUGGGUUUACAUGGGCAGACUCAAGCUGGGAUUGAUUACCUUACAGGGAGUCUUAGCUCUAAUGGAGAGCCUAUUGCUACUAGUGUGAUUGUUUCUGGUGGGUAUGAGGAUGAUGAUGAUCAAGGAGAUGUGAUCAUAUAUACAGGACAUGGUGGGCAGGAUAAGCUUGGAAAGCAAGCUGAACAUCAGAAGCUGGAAGGUGGGAAUCUUGCCAUGGAUCGGAGUAUGUACUAUGGGAUUGAAGUCAGGGUGAUUAGAGGGUUGAAGUAUGAGAACUCUGUUUCUAGCAGAGUUUAUGUUUACGAUGGGUUGUUUAGGAUUGUCGAUUCUUGGUUCGAUGUUGGGAUAUCUGGUUUCGGUGUGUAUAAAUUUAGGCUGGAGAGAAUUGAAGGCCAGGCUGAGAUGGGUAGCUCCAUUUUGAAGCUUGCUAGCACUCUUAAAACCAACCCCUUGUCUGUCAGGCCGACAGGUUACAUCAGUUUCGAUAUCUCCAAUAGGAAAGAGAAUGUUCCUGUCUAUUUGUUUAAUGACAUUGACAGUGAUCAAGAACCUUUGUUUUAUGAGUACCUUGCUAAAGCUUCGUUUCCCCCUGGCUUAUUCAUUCAAGGGAGUGGUAGUGCAACUGGAUGCAACUGUAUCACAGGUUGUACCAGUGGCUGCAUUUGUGAAGCCAAGAAUUCAGGUGAGUUUGCUUAUGAUUACCAUGGGAAGUUGAUAAGAUUGAAACCAUUGAUACAUGAAUGUGGACCGGCGUGUCAGUGCCCUCCAACUUGCCGAAACCGUGUGACUCAAAAGGGUUUGAAGAAUAGGCUCGAAGUGUUUAGGUCACUUGAAACGGGUUGGGGAGUGCGGUCUUUGGAUGUAUUGCAUGCUGGUGCUUUUAUUUGUGAGUAUGCUGGGGUUGCUUUGACAAGGGAACAAGCCAACAUUAUGACCAUGAACGGUGAUACAUUGGUAUAUCCUGCUCGGUUUUCCUCUGCAAGAUGGGAAGAAUGGGGAGAUUUGUCUCAGGUCCUCGCUGGUUACCAGCUGCCUUCUUAUCCUCAGAUACCUCCUGUUGAUUUCGCAAUGGAUGUGUCCAAGAUGAGGAAUGUUGCUUGUUACAUAAGCCACAGUACUGAUCCAAAUGUCAUUGUCCAGUUAGUACUCCAUGAUCACAACAGUCUGAUGUUUCCCAGAGUCAUGCUCUUCACUGCAGAGAACAUCCCUCCCAUGACUGAGCUCAGCCUUGAUUAUGGAGUAGCUGAUGAUUGGACUGCCAAGCUUGCCAUUUGUAAUUAAAAAUCUGGUGGAUCCUAGCCAUAUUUUUCCAGUUGGUGGACAUGAAAGGAAUUGUGCAGAAGCUAAAGUUUAAGAGACCCCCACUCCUCCCAUUUUGAAUUUUGGGUAUCUUUGUUUUGCACAUUUGGGAGUCUUGAUGUUUUUUUUUUGGGGUGUAAAUAAAUAAUAAGUGUGUGAUAUAUGAUAGUGAAGUAUAUGGUUAUGAGAUAGUUGAGUAAAUGGAGGGUUGUAAAAUAAAGUAGAGAGUUGAAUAAAUGGAGGGUUGUAAAUUAAAGCAUAAAAAUAUCUUAAGGAAUAUUCUAUGUAAUAUUCCCUAAGACUUGUAAUAUAAAUACUAAGGCUUGGUGAAGAGUUUCAUUCAAACUGGAGUGAGUAAGUUUGAGUGUGAGAGUCUUAAGAGUCUUGUAAUCCUUUGAGUGUUUCAAUAAUAAAAUAUAUUCCCUUGGUAAAA